UUUGUCGUCUUUAAUUGUCCUACAAGAGGGCAGAGGGUACGCAUGCAUGGUCUAUUAAAAAAAAUGAGGUGAAAAAAGAAAAUAAGCAUAGAAAUAGAAUGAUAGAAACAUUGGUUAUUACGUAAAAUGGUUGUUUUGUAAUGAGAUGGAAGAUGAUGCUUGUUUGCUAAGGCAUAAACCUCUUUGUGUCUCUCUCUUUCUUUCUAUCACACUCAUCUUCACCUUCACACCCUUUUAACCUUUGUUCCAUGCCAUGCCCAUGAUCCAAACCUCCAUUCCCACACACCCGGAGCUUCUUCCAGUUCCGGGCCUCCAUUCCUAAAACCAUGCCUCCUUUCCCCAAAACCUUCUACGCUCGCCCUCCACCUCGCAGAACCUCCUUCCUCGUCUUCUCAUGCCUCUUCCUCUCCCUCUCCCUCUUCGUUUUCUUCUUCGCUUUUCUCAGACCCCUCCGGGACCCUCCCUGCCCCAACCGCGUCCCCAGAUCGGUUAAAGUUCUCUGGGAUCACCGCCUCUCCGGCGACAGCAACAACGCUCCGGUCGAAACCCGACACAAAGUUAUGGCCUUUGUGGGAAUUCAAACUGGGUUCAGAUCCGUGGGGAGGCGCCAAUCUCUCAGGAACACUUGGUUUCCUUCCGAUCCUCAUGGACUUCAAGGCUUGGAAGAAGCCACUGGGUUGGCUUUUAGGUUUGUGAUUGGUAAAACGAGUGAUAGAUCGAAGAUGUCUGCACUUCAGAAGGAAGUGGCACAAUACGAUGAUUUCAUUUUACUGGAUAUUGAAGAGGAGUACAGUAAGCUCCCAUACAAAACGCUGGCUUUCUUCAAAGCUGCUUAUGCCCUUUUUGAAGCUGAGUUUUAUGUGAAAGCUGAUGAUGACAUAUAUUUAAGGCCAGAUCGUCUUUCAUUACUACUGGCAAAAGAGAGAUCUCACCCUCAGACUUACAUAGGAUGCAUGAAAAAGGGUCCUGUUUUCACUGAUCCCAAACUCAAAUGGUAUGAGCCACUAUCUAAUUUGCUCGGAAAGGAAUAUUUUCUUCACGCUUAUGGUCCUAUAUACGCUCUUUCUGCCGAUGUUGUAUCAAGCUUGGUAGCACUUAAGAAUAACAGUUUCCGGAUGUUCAGCAAUGAGGAUGUUACAAUUGGAGCUUGGAUGCUUGCAAUGAAUGUCAACCAUGAAAAUAAUCUUGAACUUUGUGCUCGAGAGUGCACAUCCACGUCAAUUGCUGUGUGGGACAUUCCAAAGUGUUCAGGUCUCUGUAAUCCAGAAAAGAGAAUGUUGGAACUGCAUCAAAAGGAAAGUUGUACUCAGAGUCCAACUGUGGACUCUGAUGAAUAGUAUUUGUUUGUAUAUUUAUGAGGCGAAGGUGAAUUGCCUGCUCUUGUUAUGUUUAACUUCCGUGAGCAGCUACCAUUGCAUCCUUUUCUAUCCAUUGAUCUUUCUCUUUUUGAUUCAUAUUUCUUCAUGUCUGAAGAUGCUUUGAUGUAUUUUCUUUUUUUUUUUUCCCAGUCAAAUUUUUCCUUAUAUUCCUUUUCCUUUUUCUCCCUACCUUCUUUAGGGAGGAAGGCUUUAUAGUUUAUAUACAGCAUUAGAAAAUAGAUAGACUUUACGGAUGAUGAUACCAUUUAACUUCACUAAUUUCCCAAUUUUAAUGUCAUUCUUUUUUAAGAUUA